UAUGUGCAAGAGCCUCUUGAACUGAUAGUGAGUCAAAGACAUGCACAACCAACUGCACUGCACAGCUGGCUGCUGCCCUCACUGUUGUACUCUAUCACCAGGCUUCCUCAGCUAGUUGAGGCCUGCUGAACACUUCUUAGCGAUGCACAUCACAGAUCUUAACAGAGAGUGCCUCGUACACUUAUUCUCCUUCCUGGACAAGGAGAGCCGGAAACAAUUCUCUGAAACGUGCCGUGACCUGCACCAAAUUUUCCUUGACCCGGCUCUGUGGACUUUAUUGAACUUUCACUCGCCUUCUGAGCUGAAGAGGGACAACUUUGUGCUGGGCUCAGCCCUGCGGUAUCUGUCUGUGUGCUGGCACUCCAGCCGGGUGAAAGUGUGCAACAUUGAGGACUGGGUGAAAACCACAUUCCAGAAAGACAUCUGUAGCAAGCAUGAAAGCACCGUCAGUGACUUCUUAGGCAAAGUUUGCAACAAGUGUCCCAACCUGUUGUCUCUGACCCUGUCGGGAUGUGGUCACGUCACAGACCAUGACGUCACGCUGCUCCUGCAGAGCUGCCCCAGGCUGCGGAUCCUACGCCUGGAGAACUGCGUGCGGCUCACUGACUGCACUCUGCAGGCCCUGGUGAGGCACGGGCGCAGUCUUCAGUCAGUCCAGGUGGAUUUCUGUCGGAACGUGACCCAGGACGGGCUGCGGCUGGUGCGGGAGAGGCGUCCUUCGCUGGAACUGACCGCAGAAAGGAGCGGCGGCAUGAUUCCUGACAGCAAACCGGGAGAGAAACUACAGCUGGGGAGAACGCUACAAAAACUAUUACAAUACUCCUGAGUCCAUUAGUCAGAAGUUGAUUCGAAUAUAUGUUUUUGUACAACGUUUUUAUAUAUUCACAAAUAUGAUUUUUAUUUUAAGAUGUUUUGUUUUUUAGUUUUAGUUUUGUUUGUAAACCUAAUGCGAAAUAGACUGAAAUAAUGUUAAUACAUCCAGCUCAGUAACUGUCUGCACAGACAUUCCUAACUCUUUUGUGCAGUGGGAGGAUUGCUUGGUUGGGUAUGCAAGCAUGUGCAACUGCAACAAAACAAGCACAUCUGAUUUUAAUCUCAACACAUUUUAUUUAUUAGAAUAAAGUUUUAACUUUAAACUAAUUCUCAAGUGCCUUUAUCUACGGUUAUUUGCCAAUUGCAUUCUGAUUCCUUGUUUGUGAGUUCAGAGUACAGCUAUGGCCAAGUGUUUAGCAUCACCUAGAAUUUUAAUAAAAACAUAACAUCAUAAAAAAAAAAAACCUGAUAUGAACAUAAUUUUGAUCUUUCGUUAACAUCCUAUAAUCAAAGAACCUACAAAAUGAUAUCGCAAAAGUCUACUGGAAGCCAUAAAAGUAGUACAUAGUUCAUGUUAGAUUUCGAAAUGUCACAUUUUUCAUUUUCUAUCAGUUUAUUAUCAGUUUUUUGUUAACGUAACAUUACUCAGCAGGUUUCAUUCGACUUUAUGAAGCAAAAUGAGUUAAUUCUAUAGGGUGAUGCAACACUUUUGGCCAUAGCUGUACAGUGUGCAGCUUCUCAGCAUGCUUUACAGUAUCCUGUGACCUCACAGCUGACAAUCCCCCCAGUGGGGGUUCUCUGAGGACAAGCUGGCUGGUGGCCAGAGUUGUGAAUAGCACAGCUUAUGUAAGAGGGAGUGGGGAAUAUGGAAAUAGGCUGCAGAGUGAAUGUCUGUGCAGUCCAUGUGCUGAUUCUAUAUUUGUUAUAUUGCAUUAGACAGCUCAGGCAAACUUAAGGGGCUUUUCAGGGUUCCCUUUCUGGGUUUCCAUACCGAAAAAACUAAUGCUAACUACAUAUCUCAUGGUAAACCCAGAUACUGGAUUCCUGUCAUUUAUGACAUUAUGGACGAUUAUUUGAUUAAAGAAAAGA